AUGAAAUUGGGUGUUAUUGGUGCUGAAACGGUAACUGAACUGGGGGGCAGUCAAUCUGUCUUACGCGAAUCAGAUAUCGAGUUGUUUGAAGAUAAUCCCGAGGAGUAUGUGUGGCGUGAUAUCGAAGGUUCAGACGUUGCGACCAGACGCCGCGCCGCCUGCGAACUGUUGCGGGCCCUCGCAACACAUUACGACGAUAAAAUGAUGGCCAUCUUCGGACAGGUUCUAGAAGUCAUACGUGAAGCGGUUAGUCUUUCGGUAGCCAGAGCGCAAAAGGAAAUAACCACAAACGAACGAUCAGUAGGUUUUGUGAGAGAAGGCACUAGGGCUACAAAAUCAAACGUCAAGCCUUACUCCAUCCUUAAAGCGGCGUCGAAUUGGACUAUAAUAAUGGACACGUAUGAAAAACAAUAUAAAAUCCCCGAGGAUAUUUGUGCGUCGGCCUCCAGACCGGAUAUAUUUUUGUUUUCGCGAAUUUUAAAGCGCGUAGUGAUGAUAGAGCUUACGGUCCCUUGGGAAACCAACAUCCCCAAAGACCAUACCAUCAAGGUCAACAAAUAUUACGAGCUCACAAACGAACUCACUCGAAAUAGGUUCGUAGUAGAUUUGUACGCGGUAGAGAUGGGAGUGAGAGGUAUAACAGCGAAAUCUCUCUACAACCUACUAAAGGACUUGGGCUUGUCCAGAACUCACAUUAAUGCAUUCUUGGAACGUAUAUCGAAGGCAGCCCUAGUAGGUUCUUUUCAAAUUUGGUUAGGUAGGGAGAGGAGCUUGGACAGUGGAGGUGAGCGUAUAACGCGCGUUAAAUCAGAUAUCGAGUUGUUUGAAGAUAAUCCCGAGGAGUAUGUGUGGCGUGAUAUCGAAGGUUCAGACGUUGCGACCAGACGCCGCGCCGCCUGCGACUUGCUGCGGGCCCUCGCAACACAUUACGACGAUAAAAUGAUGGCCAUCUUCGGACAGUACGUAGAGGCACAAGAGUGA